AACCAGGAUUUUAUAGAAAGGUAAUUCGUCAAGAAUUUUAUCCCUUGUUGGAAGUCAAGGAAAAGAAUGCCUUUGCCGAUUUACCAGAAAACCUUUAUUCUGCAAUUGAAAACUUAGAUUGCUCUCAUUAUAUUCAUGAAGCAAUUGUCCAUAAUGAUGACCCUCAAGUUGAUAAUCAAGAAAUAUUGAUCGAAAUUAUUAAUUCAAAUGAAAAUCAAAAUGUCGGGCGUAACCCAGUUUCGUCUUUUGUCAAUGAUAAACUUAUAA